AUGGAGGCGUCAGCGUCGAGGGUGGGAGUCCGCGCUGCCGGGUGUGUCUGCAGCUCGGGGCGCUGUAGGGUGGGAUGUGACCCCAAGACCGCGGCGGCCUGGCACGUGAUCCGCCACCACCUUCACCUCCCUUCCAUCCUCGACAAGAUGCCUGCUCCCGGCGCUCUCAUCCUUCUUGCGGCUGUCUCCGCCUCCGGCUGCCUGGCCUCCCCGGCCCACCCCGAUGGAUUCGCCCUGGGCCGGGCUCCUCUGGCUCCUCCCUACGCCGUGGUUCUCAUUUCCUGCUCCGGCCUCCUGGCCUUCGUCUUCCUCCUUCUCACCUGUCUGUGCUGCAAACGAGGUGAUGUCGGCUUCAAGGAGUUUGAGAACCCUGAAGGGGAGGAUUGCUCUGGGGAGUACACUCCUCCUGCAGAGGAGACUUCUUCCUCCCAGUCGCUGCCUGAUGUCUACAUUCUCCCGCUGGCUGAGGUCUCCCUGCCAAUGCCUGCCCCACAGCCUUCACACUCAGACAUGACCACCCCACUGGGCCUUAGUCGCCAGCAUCUCAGCUACCUACAAGAGAUUGGGAGUGGCUGGUUUGGGAAGGUGAUCCUGGGAGAGAUUUUCUCCGACUACACCCCUGCCCAGGUGGUGGUGAAGGAGCUCCGAGCCAGUGCAGGGCCCCUGGAGCAGCGCAAGUUCAUCUCGGAAGCACAGCCAUACAGGAGCCUGCAGCACCCCAAUGUCCUCCAGUGCCUGGGCCUCUGCGUGGAGACACUGCCCUUUCUGCUGAUUAUGGAGUUCUGUCAACUGGGGGACCUGAAGCGUUACCUUCGUGCCCAGCGGCCCCCUGAGGGCCUGUCCCCUGAGCUACCCCCUCGAGACCUGCGGACACUGCAGAGGAUGGGCCUGGAGAUCGCCCGCGGGCUGGCGCACCUGCACGCCCACAACUAUGUGCACAGUGACCUGGCUCUGCGUAACUGCCUGCUGACCUCGGACCUCACCGUGCGCAUUGGAGAUUAUGGGCUCGCCCAUAGCAACUACAAGGAGGACUACUACCUGACUCCAGAGCGGCUGUGGAUCCCGCUGCGCUGGGCCGCGCCCGAGCUCCUUGGGGAGCUGCACGGGACCUUCAUGGUGGUGGACCAGAGCCGUGAGAGCAACAUCUGGUCCUUGGGGGUAACCCUGUGGGAGCUGUUUGAGUUUGGGGCACAGCCGUACCGCCACCUGUCAGAUGAAGAGGUCCUCGCCUUUGUCGUCCGCCAGCAGCACGUGAAGCUGGCCCGGCCCAGGCUCAAGCUGCCCUAUGCAGACUAUUGGUAUGACAUCCUGCAGUCCUGCUGGCGGCCACCUGCCCAGCGCCCCUCAGCCUCUGAUCUCCAGCUGCAGCUCACCUACUUGCUGUCUGAGCGGCCACCCCGGCCCCCACCACCACCACCCCCGCCCCGAGAUGGUCCCUUCCCCUGGCCCUGGCCCCCAGCACACAGUGCACCCCGCCCGGGGACCCUCUCCUCACCAUUCCCCCUUCUAGAUGGCUUCCCUGGGGCUGACCCUGAUGAUGUGCUCACAGUGACUGAGAGCAGCCGUGGCCUCAACCUCGAGUGCCUGUGGGAGAAGGCCCGGCGAGGGGCUGGCCGUGGUGGUGGGGCACAGCCCUGGCAGCCAGCAUCUGCGCCCCCAGCCCCCCAUGCCAACCCCUCCAACCCUUUCUAUGAGGCUCUGUCUACACCCAGUGUGCUGCCAGUCAUCAGCGCUCGCAGCCCCUCAGUCAGCAGCGAGUACUAUAUCCGCCUGGAAGAGCAUGGCUCUCCACCUGAGCCCCUCUUUCCCAAUGACUGGGACCCCCUGGACCCAGGGGUACCUGCCCCUCAGGCCCCCCAGGCCCCCUCCGAGGUCCCACAACUGGUGUCCGAGACCUGGGCCUCCCCCCUCUUCCCUGCGCCCCGGCCAUUCCCUGCUCAGUCCUCAGGAUCAGGCAGCUUCCUGCUGAGUGGCUGGGAUCCCGAGGGCCGGGGCGCUGGGGAGACCCUGGCAGGAGACCCUGCCGAGGUACUGGGGGAGCGAGGCACUGCUCCGUGGGCAGAGGAAGAAGAGGAGGAGGAGGAAGGCAGCUCCCCAGGGGAGGACAGCAGCAGCAUUGGGGGUGGCCCCAGCCGCCGGGGCCCCCUACCCUGCCCCCUGUGCAGCCGCGAGGGGGCCUGCUCCUGUCUGCCACUGGAGCGGGGGGACGCUGUGGCUGGCUGGGGAGGCCACCCUGCCCUUGGCUGUCCCCACCCCCCAGAGGACGACUCAUCUUUGCGGGCAGAACGGGGGUCUCUAGCCGACUUGCCCCUGGCCCCCCCUACCUCGGCCCCCCCCGAGUUUCUGGACCCCCUUAUGGGGGCGGCGGCGCCCCAGUACCCCGGGCGGGGGCCACCUCCCGCUCCCCCCCCCCCGCCGCCACCUCCUCGGGUCCCCGCGGACCCGGCUGUGUCCCCAGACCCCCCAUCGGCCGUGGCCAGUCCCGGCUCAGGCCUGUCGUCUCCGGGCCCCAAGCCGGGGGACAGCGGCUACGAGACAGAGACCCCUUUUUCCCCCGAGGGACCCUUCCCAGGUGGGGGGGCAGCCGAGGAGGAAGGGGUCCCUCGGCCGCGGGCUCCCCCCGAGCCACCCGACCCAGGAGUGCCCCGGCCACCUCCAGACCCGGGUCCGCUCCUACUCCCAGGGAACCGGGAGAAGCCAACCUUCGUGGUUCAAGUGAGCACCGAGCAGCUGCUGAUGUCCCUGAGGGAGGACGUGACAAGGAACCUCCUGGGGGAGAAGGGGGCGACCGCCCGGGAGACAGGACCCAGGAAGGUGGGGAGAGGCCCCGGGAACAGAGAGAAAGUCCCAGGCCUGAACAAGGACCUGACAGCCCUGGGCGACGGGAACCAAGCCCCAAGCCUGAGCCUCCCCGUGAACGGGACGAUAGUGUUGGAGAACGGGGGACAGAGAGCCCCAGACAUCGAGGGGAAGGCGGCCAUCAAGGAGAAGGAGGCCAUCGAGGAGAAAGCAGUGGAGAACGGGGGCCUGGGGUCCCCAGAGAGAGAAGAGAAAGCGCUGGAGAAUGGGGAGCUGACACCCCCAAGGAGAGAGGAGAAAGUGCUGGAGAAUGGGGACCUGAGGUCACCAGAGGUAGGGGAGAAGGUGGUGGUGAAUGGGGGACUGACACCCCCAAAGAGCGGGGAGAAUGUGUCAGAGAAUGGGGGCCUGAGAUUCCCCACGAACAUGGAGAGGCUGCCAGAGACUGGGCCUUGGAGAGUCCCAGGGCCCUGGGAGAAGAUGCCCGAGAGUGGGGGUCCAGCCCCCAUGAUCGAGGAGCCAGCUCCAGAGAUCUCGCUGGAGAAAGCCCCUGCACCCGGCACAGUGGCCUCAUCCUGGAACGGCGGGGAGACAGCCCCUGGCCCCCUUGGCCCAGCCCCCAAGAGCGGGACACUGGAACCCGGGACCGAGAGGAAAGCCCACGAGACUGGGGGGGUGCUGAAAGCCCCCGGGGCUGGGAGGCUGGACCUCGGGAGUGGGGGCCGAGCCCCAGUGGGCACGGGGAUGGCCCCCGCCGGCGGCCCCGGAAGCGUCGUGGACGUAAAGGCAGGAUGGGUAGACAACAUGAGGCAACAGCCACCGCUGCUGCCACCACCACCGGAAGCACAGCUGAGGAGGCCGGAGCCAGUGCCCCAGAAAGCCAAGCCGGAGGUGGCUCCCGAGGGAGAGCCCGGGGUCCCAGACAGCAAGGCCGGAGGAGACAUGGCACCCAGCGGAGACGGGGACCCCCCCAAGCCCGAGAGGAAGGGCCCCGAGAUGCCACGACUAUUCCUGGACUUGGGACCUCCUCAGGGGAACAGCGAGCAGAUCAAAGCCAAGCUCUCACGGCUCUCGCUGGCGUUGCCACCGCUCACGCUCACGCCAUUCCCGGGGCCGAGCCCGCGCCGGCCACCGUGGGAGGGCGCGGACGCCGGGGCGGCUGGCGGGGAGGCCGGCGGGGCGGGGGCGCCGGGGUCGGCGGAGGAGGACGGGGAGGACGAGGACGAGGACGAGGAGGAGGACGAGGAGGCAGCGGCACCGGACGCGGCGGCGGGGCCCCGGGGCUCCGGGAGGUCACGGGCAGCCCCGGUGCCCGUCGUGGUGAGCAGCGCCGACGCGGACGCGGCCCGCCCCCUGCGGGGGCUGCUCAAGUCUCCACGCGGGGCCGAAGAGCCAGAGGACAGCGAGCUGGAGAGGAAGCGCAAGAUGGUCUCCUUCCACGGGGACGUGACCGUCUACCUCUUCGACCAGGAGACGCCAACCAACGAGCUGAGCGUCCAGGGCCCCCCCGAGGGGGACACGGACCUAUCAACGCCCCCAGCGCCCCCGACGCCUCCCCACCCCGCCACCCCCGGAGAUGGGUUUCCCAGCAACGACAGCGGCUUUGGAGGCAGUUUCGAGUGGGCGGAGGAUUUCCCCCUCCUCCCCCCACCAGGCCCCCCCCUGUGCUUCUCCCGCUUCUCCGUCUCGCCUGCGCUGGAGACCCCGGGGCCCCCCGCCCGGGCCCCCGACACCCGGCCCGCAGAAGAGGGGUUGAGAGUAGAAUCCUCUGUGGACGAUGGAGCCACUGCCACCACCACAGACGCCGCCUCUGGGGAGGCCCCUGAGGCUGGGCCCUCCCCAUCCCCCACCAUGUGCCAAACAACGGGAGGCCCUGGCCCCCCACCCCCUAGCCCUCCCGAUGGCUCCCCUGAGCCUCCUGACCCCCUCGGUGCCAAAUGA